AUGGCUGCUGUGGUUUUCGCCCUGAAGAUUUGGAGGUCAUAUCUUUAUGGCGCAAAGUGUAAAAAUCUGGUAAUAGACUAUGAUCUGGAGAUACUUUACCACCCUGGUAAAGCUAAUUCAGUUGCAGAUGCUCUGAGUCAGAAGCGGGCGGUUUCGACUCAGGAGCUGGAUAUGGAGACUCUAGUUAGAGAAAUUAGUGCGUUGAUAUUGUGUGCUUUUUCUCAGGAGCCGUUGCGAUUGGAGGCGGCUGAUCGAGUUUCUGCCAAUAGUACCAUUCUUGUGCACGGUCGGAUCUGUGUGCCCAAGGAUGAGGUGUUGAGGCAGGAUAUUCUUAGGGAGGCUCAUGCUAGCAUAUUUUCUAUUCAUACAGGAGCGACCAAGAUGUACCAUGACCUCAAGCGCUAUUAUUAUUGGGUCGGGAUGAAGAAGGAUGUAGCUAGUUGGGGAAGUGUGAUGUUUGCUAGCUAG